AUGUCUUGGAAAACAGCACUACAAACAUCUGCUACAAUCGUAUCACUAGCAAUCAUAUUGAAUGAGCUACGGAAAGCUUACCUGCAAUCUGGCACCAACAAAUCAGACUUGACCUCACUCCCUCCGAAAUCUAGAGGUAUCGAGUCGAGGAUCGGAAACACUGCUCUAAUCGAGAUCAAAUCCUUAUCAGCAAAAACAGGGUGUAAAAUAUACGCCAAGUUGGAAUUGAGUAACCCAGCAGGAAGCUCCAAAGACCGGGUGGCGUUGGCGAUAAUAAGAGCAGCAGAGUCACUCAACCAAUUGGUACCUCAUCAACAAAAUGUCAUCUUUGAAGGAACGUCUGGGUCUACAGGUAUAAGUUUUGCAGUUUUGGCUAAUGCGUUGGGUUAUACUGCGCAUAUAUGUCUCCCGGAUGAUACGUCGCCGGAAAAGCUACAGUUAUUGGAAGCAUUGGGAGCUGAAGUUGAAAAAGUCAAACCUGCAAGUAUUGUUGAUCCAAACCAGUAUGUGAACGCGGCAAAGAGAGGAGCUGAGGCUAUCAACAAUGACCCUACCAGCAACAGGAAAGCCAUCUUUGCUAAUCAGUUUGAAAAUGACUUCAAUUGGAGAAUUCACUACACUACUACUGGACCAGAAUUGGUCAAACAAUUGGAUAAAAUCGACGUGUUUAUAAAUGGAAGUGGUACAGGCGGAACCAUAGCUGGAGUGGGCAGGUGUUUGAAAGAGCACAAUCCGGACACAAAGAUUAUUCUAGCGGACCCACAAGGAAGUGGACUCGCCAAUCGGGUAAAUUUUGGUGUAUUAUACGAUACAGUUGAGAAAGAAGGCACUAGAAGAAGACAUCAAGUUGACACUCUAGUUGAAGGAAUCGGACUAAACCGUCUCACUUGGAACUUCAAACAAGGGGAGCCAUACAUUGACGAAGCUGUUCGAGUUACUGAUGAACAAGCAUUGAAGAUGGCAAAGUACCUAUGCAUCAAUGAUGGAUUAUUCUGGGGUAGUUCAGCUGCUAUAAAUUGUGUGGCCGCGGUCAAAACAGCUUUGAAGUACGGACCGGGUCAAAACAUAGUGGUUGUUGCUUGUGAUUCCGGAGAUCGUCAUUUGUCAAAAUUUUGGAAAAAGGCAGUGAAGAUUCCUCAAGGUGUGUCUUUGGAGGAUGUGUUGUCAUGA